CGGAGGAGCCUGCCCCCGGGCCCAUGCCCACUGCCCCUCCUGGGCAACUUGCCGCAGUUGUGGGGACCGUCGUUGUUACGCUCUCUGCUGGGGGUGAGUUCAGUUCCCGAGGGAUUUCUUGCCCUUCACCCCAAGGAGCAGGAGCCGUCGGGCUCUUGGUGGCAGAGGGAGACACAACCCCGACUCCAGGGACUGGCUCUCAGGAUCUCCGCCUGGCGUGUCGGGGGCCAGCGGAGGGGGAGGCCGUCCCCAGCUCUUCCUAGGACGAACCGCACGGAGCUGGGGGGCAGCAGCUCCUCCCGAAUCCGGCCUAACAGGCAAAGGGCCAAGCCACCCUGUCCUGCCGCCUCCCUGCACCCGAGUGGGCCGCGAGGCAGGAGAUUCCUACAGGCCAAAUGCUUGAUUCGGCUCCCGGGCGUGUGCAGAUCUGUAGCUGGGGUAAAUAGAUUUGGCCCCAGGCCUGUCCUUUCGGAGGCCGUGAUGGGACAGACGCCCGAAUGAUUUUGGCUACAGACCAGCCCCUACGGCUAAGAGCUCAUCUGCUUGGCCAUGUUGAAUACACAGUCGGGAACGGGCUGCUUCCCUCGCUGGGGGGGAUAUGUUCCCGGGCAGCGUAGUCCCGUCGAAGCUCGGCACACCCAGGAAACGCGGCGCUGGCUGCAUGAAUCCCGCAGCGCAGUUCAUGCUCCGAGACAAGUACGGCCCAGUGUUCACCAUCUACUUGGGGGCGCAGCGGGCAGUGGUGCUGUGGGGCUACGAGGCGGUGAAGGAAGCCCUGGUGGACCAAGCGGAGGAGUUCGGUGGCCGAGAGGGGUUAGCUCUUGUGGACAGGACCAGCAAGGGCAAUGGGCUUUUCUUCAGCAACGGGGAGACGUGGCGCCAGAUGCGCCGGUUUGCCCUCAGCACUCUGAGGAAUUUCGGGAUGGGGAAGAGGAGCAUCGAGGAGCGGAUCCAGGAGGAAGUCCGGUACCUGCUGGAGGAGUUCACGAAGACAGAAGGGAUGCCCUUGGACCCCACCUUCAUGCUGCGGCGCUCUGUCUCCAACGUCAUCUGCUCCGUGGUCUUCGGGGCGCGGUUCAGCUACGAGGAUGAGGAGUUCCAGACGCUGCUCGACCUGAUCCAGGCGAACUUCCGGCGCGUGGACACCAUCUGGGUGCAGUUCUACAACCUCUUCCCCGCCGUCAUGAACCACCUGCCCGGCCCUCACAACCGGCUCUUCGAGAACUUCGAGGAGCAGAAGCGCUACGUGGCCAGGGUCGUCCGGAAGCACAAAGAGACCCUGGACCCGUCCUCCCCGCGGGACUACACAGACGCUUUCCUGAUCCGGAUGCAGCAGGAGGAAAACGAUCCGGACACCAAAUUCCACCACGAAAAUUUGAUCCUCUCAUCACUGGAUUUAUUUUUCGCGGGCACGGAAACCACCAGCACCACGCUGAGAUAUGGGCUGCUGAUUCUGCUGAAGUAUCCUCACGUCACAGAAAGAAUUCAGGAGGAGAUUGAGCGAGUCAUCGGCCAGGACCGCAUCCCGGGCAUGGAGGACAGGUCCAAGAUGCCCUACACCGACGCUGUGAUCCAUGAGAUUCAGAGGUUCGCGGACAUCAUUCCUCUGGGCGUUCCCCACUCGGUGACACGGGACACCCGGUUCAGGGAAUACGCCAUCCCUAAGGGCACGGCCAUCUUUCCCAUCUUGCAUUCCGUCCUGCACGACCCCGCGCAGUUCGAAGACCCGGAGACCUUCGACCCCGGGCAUUUCCUGGACGAGGCGGGUGGAUUUCAGAAGAACGCGGCGUUCAUGCCCUUCUCCGCAGGGAAGCGGGCGUGUCCCGGCGAGGGCCUGGCCCGCAUGGAGCUCUUCCUCUACUUCACCUCCAUCCUGCAGCGCUUCGCCCUCCGCUCGCCCGCCCGCCCGCAGGACCUCGACAUCACCCCCGAGUACCACGGCUUCGGCAAGGUGCCACGCGGGUAUCAGCUGCAGCUCGUCCCCCGCUGAACGCCAGCAGCCGUGCCACGGCGGUCAGGCCCAGUUCCCCGUCGGCCUGCACCUCGCACAGCGCGUUACACGGGUGCAAAACACUAUCGGGGCCGGGCAGAAGCAUUGUGCACAUGAGAAAACCAGGAGCAUGGCAGUGGAGGAUCCCACGUGGGUGUGUGAGCCCAGCUCUGUGUGUGUGUGUGUGUGUGUGUGUGUGUGUGUGUGUGUGUGUGUGUGUGUGUGUACUGCCCCCUGCUGGAGGGACUGAGCCCUGCUCUGUGUGUGUGUGUGUGUGUGUGUGUGUGUGUGUGUGUGUACUGCCCCCUGCUGGAGGGACUGAGCCCUGCUCUGUGUGUGUGUGUGUGUGUGUGUGUGCGUGUACUGCCCCCUGCUGUAGGGACUGAGCCCUGCUCUGCGUGUGUGUGUGUGUGUGUGCAAGGCACACUAGAUACACUCGCCGUGUCCGUGGUCUGUCUGAAGCCGACUCCCCUUUGGCAAAGAGAAGCGGUUGAAAUACAAUCCAGUUUCGUUGUG